AUGGAAACUAAAUCUCAAAUGAAGUCAUAUCCAAUUAAAAGAUGUUUAAGAAACAACAGUAAACCAGAGUUCCUACAACCCAAUCUCCACCAGGCCCAAGGUUACAGAAGAAAUGGUAAAGGCUCCUCCUUGUAUCUCUGGUAUAAUUCAGCUUGUGCAAAAGCCAAGCAGUGGGGCUGGACACAAGGUCGGUGGCCCAAAAAGAGUGCUGAAUUUUUGCUGCACAUGCUUAAAAACGCAGAGAGUAAUGCUGAACUUAAGGGUUUAGACGUAGAUUCUCUGGUCAUUGAGCAUAUCCAAGUCAACAAAGCACCUAAGAUGCGCCGCCGGACCUACAGAGCUCAUGGUCGGAUUAACCCAUACAUGAGCUCUCUCUGCCACAUUGAGAUUAUCCUUACGGAAAAGGAACAGAUUGUUCCUAAACCAGAAGAGGAGGUUGCCCAGAAGAAAAAGGUAUCCCAGAAGAAACUGAAGAAACAAAAACUUAUGGCACGGGAGUAAAUUCAGCAUUAAAAUAAA